AUGACCCGUAUGCAUUAUGCUUCUCGGACGAUGGAAGGUGUUGAAAUGGCCAGAAUCGCCGCCAGAGACUUGAGACGCAGACUCCCAGGAGGAGAUAGCUGCGACGCAGCCUCCCGGAACCCGACAGUCAAGAUCGAUCUAUCCGGCCGCAAGCUAACCGACGAGGGCUUCGAUAUAUUCAUCGAUGCCUUGCUCGAGACUCUUCGGAAAGAGAAAGACGACAAGCACCCCGAAGGCUUUGUCCGGCUCUUCGAACUCCACCUGGGCGGCAAUUGUUUAACCGUCAAGUCGUUACCCAAGCUGGGGAUGGCAAUCAGAUUCAGUAUCGGUGAUUUGAGCGACCUCGAUAUAUCUCAGAACUGUAUCGAGAUCAGUACUGCCGGGCAAAGGGCGGCUUGGAAGUAUUUCUUGAACUCCUUUGAGGAGUGCUACAUGCUCAAGAAAGUCAACUUCUCCGGCAAUGCCCUCGGUACUCCCGGUGUGGAGAUCCUGGCUAGGAUUUACAUCCGCAGCAAACUGGGGUUCCCGGAUCAGAGCACUCUCCUUGAGAAAGGAGAUGAUUCCAGUGUCAGCCAACGCGAGAACCCGUCUGAUGAUAACGGUUCUGGUAUCAAUUAUUUCUCCUCUCUCACCAUCCAAGAGAAAGAGAAAGACCAAAAGCCAGCACAUCCCGAAGAUCCAAUCCCCCAGCCGCAAGGGACAUCAGAGAUUGCAUCCAAAAGCAAUCGAAGACAUUUCCGCAAGACACGUGGACUGAGAUCAGUUCCGGAGCUCAUUCUGACCAGAAUCCCCAUGUCAGCCACGGGUGUUAUCCAUCUUGCCAGCAUUCUGUGCCUGCAGGAAUCACGGGAGCUGCUCUGCUUUUAUCUCCCGAAGACGAAGACGGGUGCCUCUCGACCGGAAACCGAGAAAAAGAAUCUGAGUAUUACUUGGGAGAUAAAUGAGUAUCUGCAUCAAGACGUCCGUCAAUUGUUGUACUGGGCAACUGGCAUCGCGCAAAGAGCGCCGUCUUUCUCCCCCGGUCUAGCUGUGGCGGUUACCGAGUUGGAGGCUCCUCCAAGGCCGACUUCCCUGUGGAAUGGUAGAUCUGAUAUCAAAUUCCAAUGGGUCACUCGAAACCUGUACCGAGUUGCGACUGAGAGUGAGAUCCAAGGGUCGGAGAUAUGGGGUGUUGCUCUGAAGAUGGCCAAGAAGAUGCAAACGAUCAUGUUGAAUGAGGAGGUCAUUCAGGCUCAGCUUUCGUCCGGCGGAAAGCUCUUUCAGUGUCUUGGACUUGAAAGGGAUUUGGUGGAUGCCAUCAACCUCGGAGUAGCUCGCUCGAAACUGGAUGGGUUGGAUGGACAGUCGAAGGAGCCCUGGCGUCUUGGGAUGUCGCUGGACACAUGGUCGGAUGUCAUGGGUAUGGUCUUGGACAAAGGGGAUGUCCUCACUGCUGGUCAGAGGAAGAAGAUUGUUCGAUAUGUGGUGACUCUCGUUGACAGGCCUGUGCCUGAAAAGGCAAUGGAGAUCUGGCAGUUUCUUUUCAAUGUUGGUUGCAUCAUGCACUCUUGA